CGCCGCCGCCGCCCCGGGCAUGUCGUCCAACUGCACCAGCACCACGGCGGUGGCGGUGGCGCCGCUCAGCGCCAGCAAGACCAAGACCAAGAAGAAGCAUUUCGUGUGCCAGAAAGUGAAGCUAUUCCGGGCCAGCGAGCCGAUCCUCAGCGUCCUGAUGUGGGGGGUGAACCACACGAUGUGUCAACUGGAGAAGCACAGGCUUCCUUGAACCACAGAACACUUUACCAGGGUUUUCCUGGGUUAGGGAGAAGAGAGAAUGUAACCAUUUGAGAGAAGAUCAAUGAGCUGAGCAAUGUCCCUGUCCCUGUCAUGCUAAUGCCAGAUGACUUCAAAGCAUACAGCAAGAUCAAGGUGGACAAUCAUCUCUUCAAUAAAGAGAACCUCCCCAGCCGCUUUAAGUUUAAGGAGUACUGCCCCAUGGUGUUCCGAAAUCUCCGGGAAAGGUUUGGGAUUGAUGAUCAGGAUUACCAGAAUUCAGUGACACGCAGCGCCCCUAUCAAUAGUGACAGCCAGGGCCGAUGCGGCACCCAUUUCCUCACCACGUAUGACCGGCGCUUUGUCAUCAAGACUGUGUCAAGUGAGGAUGUGGCUGAGAUGCACAACAUCUUGAAGAAAUACCACCAGUUCAUAGUGGAGUGUCAUGGCAACACCCUUUUGCCACAGUUUCUGGGCAUGUAUCGCCUGACAGUGGACGGUGUGGAAACCUACAUGGUGGUCACGAGGAAUGUGUUCAGCCAUCGGCUCAACGUACACCGCAAGUAUGACCUCAAGGGUUCUACUGUUGCCAGAGAAGCAAGUGACAAGGAGAAGGCCAAGGACUUGCCAACAUACAAAGACAAUGACUUCCUCAAUGAAGGGCAGAAGCUGCACGUGGGAGAGGAAAGUAGAAAGAAUUUCCUGGAAAAACUGAAACGGGACGUAGAGUUCCUGGCCCAGCUGAAGAUCAUGGACUACAGUCUGCUGGUGGGCAUCCACGAUGUGGACCGGGCAGAGCAGGAGGAGAUGGAGGUGGAAGAGCGGGCCGAGGACGAGGAGUGUGAGAAUGACGGCAUGGGCGGCAGCCUGCUCUGCUCCUAUGGCACCCCUCCCGACAGCCCUGGCAACCUCCUCAGCUUUCCCCGGUUCUUUGGGCCUGGGGAAUUUGAUCCCUCUGUUGACGUCUAUGCCAUGAAAAGCCACGAAAGUGCCCCCAAGAAGGAGGUCUAUUUCAUGGCCAUCAUCGAUAUUCUCACGCCGUAUGAUACUAAGAAGAAAGCUGCACAUGCCGCCAAAACGGUGAAACAUGGGGCGGGGGCCGAGAUCUCGACUGUGAACCCUGAGCAGUACUCCAAACGCUUCAACGAGUUCAUGUCCAACAUCCUGACGUAGUUACCUUCUACCUUCAGCCAGAGCCAGAGAGCCGGAUGUGGGGUUGGGAAUCAGAAGAGGGAGAGGAUGUAUUUGGGGUGGAUGGGAAGGUGGGGAGCACAGUGGGGGACAGGGGAGGGCUUUACCAAUGAGGCUGUAGCCUGUGACACGGAAAGAGACUUGCUGGGGAGGAGGGGAUGUGCUGUAAUGUGCACAUAUAAUAUGUAGCCUCCCCUUCCCUUCCCCUUGAUUUCCCCCCAGUUUGACCCAGGUUAAAAAGGGGUUUCUUUUUCGUUACCUUGCAACCUUUUAAGAUACCUUGGAGCUAGAGAUGACUUUGUGGGUUUAUUUGGGUUUGUUCCUGAAAUUUCCUUGCUCUGGGUUUGCUAUUUAUAAUGAUGUAUAUCAUCACCCUAUCCUCAUUCCUCCAACCUGCCCUGCUUCCAGUUCCCUUCAGUUAAAAAGACACCCCAAAGACCCGGCCAGGGGUCCUGUCAGAGCCAAGCACUCUGAUGGCAGAGGAGCGGAGGGCAGACACUUCAGCCUGGAUUAACUUUUUCAUUUUAUGGAGUAUUGUGCACAACUUCCUCCACCUUUCCUCCUGGAUCCGAGUGAAACACUAUGUGAUUCUUCCAUCUAAAUGCUGUCCUCCAGAAGGAACACUCAGAUCAGCAUCAGGCAUCUUGGAUCCGAAUCAGAGAUCCCAGAGGGGAGUUCAUCCUCAUGGGAUGGUAAGGGGUCAGAGAAACUGGCUGGGCACUCAGACAGCUGGUUCUCAUACAACCCUGUAAACGGAUCAUCACCCAAGCCCUGGGCUGUCUUGGCCCCCAGAGUGCAGUUGUCCUCUCUAUAAAGCGUGUCUCCCACUGGUCAAAAGGAACAGAAAGCACCUUUGGAUAUAGCAGGACCCUUGUGCUAUGGUUAUUUCCUCUUGGGAAAACCACAGAAGCUGGCGAGUAUCAAAUGAGGUCUUGUGUCCUCCAUCCAUUUACUUCUGAUUGACCUUCUCCCAGGCACCCUCACAUGUAGAUGAGCAUUUAGCGGUGGGAGGGCGGGGGAUCUCCAUGUGCCUGGGGUGCUCCUUGCAGAUACCUUUUCAAGCCCUGGGCUACCAUGUAGAUAAUCCGACUCCCUGCACCUGUGGUUUGUCACCUGGAUAGUUAUGGCCAGCAGGGGGUGCUGCCACCUACAUUGGAGUGGUGCCCAACCCUGAAUUGCUUCUAAGUCACUUGAGGAUGUAACCUCAGGAACUCUAGGCUUCAUGUGGGCUGUUUUCCUUGUUCCCCUCUAGACUUUUAGCAGAUCUGCCAUCCACAGGCUUCCUCAGGAGUGGCAUCCUGCAGCUUCCUUCAGGAUCUCCACCCACCUGAGCCUGCUACCCAGGCCUCAGAAUUGAGCCGUGUGUCAUUCUGUGAUGCCAUCAGAGCAGUCUGGUCUGGCUAGGAAAGAAAUGGCCCUGCACUGGGGGAGGUACAGUCCUGCCUCUUCUCACCCCUCACCAGGAACAGGGGAUUUGGGAUGAGAUACGGUAAAACUUGUAGAUAAUCCCACAGAUGCAAAGAAAUUUUGUGGAACCAUUUUGAAUGAGAGGAUUGGUUUCCUUUGGCUCCCUCCAAACCUGGCCAAUCUCAGCUUCUGGAGCAGGAACCAGAACUGUCUCUGGGCCCUCCUCACAGCAUUUAGGUUGGGGAGGAGUGAGACAGCAUUCUUGGACUCUACUGGGGCUGCUGGAACCCUUCCAGAAGGGGCAGAUGGGUCAGACAACUGCCUUGGUCCCAGGAAGGAGCCAUAGGUAGCUGUAAACAGCAGCAAGACCACAAAAUGACUUGGGAAAGAACUUGGAACCAAGUGGCUCAUGGAGAAAACAAAUUUGACUUAGAAAGGGUUAUGUAGGAAUAAUGUUUGGACUUGAUUUCCCCACCUCCUAAUCAAGAAUGAAAAUCUGGAUCUCCUAGUCGGCCUUGUCAUCUCCAAAGCUUGGCAGGUGGCCUCCCACAGUCUCCACAGCCUUGGACUCCCACCCACUUCCUGCAUUUGGUCUGCUGAUCACGUUGCCAUAAUGUGUAUGACAGUGUAACACAAUCCUAUCUACCAGGUAUCUAAUUUCUUUAACAUUGCAGUUUUUGUGGGGUUUUUUCUUCCUUAUUGUUUACAUUUUGAAAGGUAGCAUUCUGUUUCAAAUGCUCUGUUUUUCCAACAGUAUUGUUGAUGGGGUCGAAACAUUUGAGCUGUGGUUGGAUGGAGUUUUAGGUAUUUUUAAAGGUAAUUCUCCAUGCCAUCUUCAAAACCUUGGGUUUGGCCCUCUGACUCCUUUGGCAUUCAGAUGUUUAAAAGCUAUUUAUCUUGGUUUAUGUAAGUUUUCUUUCUCUUCUUUUUGUAAUGAUGAAGAUACUGUAUUUGGUUUGCAGUCUGAAUGUAGAGAAAGUGAACUGGUCCCCAAGGUCUGGUCUGCCCCCACUCUUUUUUCCAAGUCCCACCAUUCCCUCUCUGGGCAGUGGAAGGCAUCUGAAGGGAAGUGACUACCCUCAGCCUCACUCUUUGGAGCCAUGGAGAAAAGCUCAACAGUUUUAUAGCAUCCCAGAAUAAUUCUGGGUCUCCCUAGAACUAAGGUUUAAGAAUAGGAAAUGGCUGACUGGGGAGGUGAUGGGAUAUGGGCAGGAUUCUUCUCUGUUCCAUUCUGCCACUUAACCAGUCAGUUUCUCCUACCCUGCCCAACUUGUGAAAGUCUACAGCUGAAGAACUAGUCUCCCAGGUCUCCCAGCCAAAGCAGGGGGUUCUCUGAAAACCCCACGUAGACCACUAGGUGAAGGCCUCCGGUCCCUGUCCUGUUAGCACACCAUUGAGUCUUUGUCCCCAGUGCGAGCUCCUUCCCUGCACCCUGUGGUUUGGGGGUUCAGGGGCAGGCUGGGAAGCCAGCAGUCCCAGGAGCACAGACUGAAGCAGUGCUCCAUCUCUCCGUAUCUAGCUCAGGGGUUACUGUUCUGUGGCAGGUGCCACGAGUCACUCCUGUGGCUAUUCUCAGUGGCACUAAGUUCCCACCACAGGCAGCUCUUCUUCCCCUUGCUCUUUCCACCUCAUUUCUCUUGCCUGUGCUUUGGGCCUCCCACAGUCCCUUGGUAGUGCUCAGGGCCUGGGACUAGACUCCUGCCUGAGUGACUUUUCCCCUCUUGUCUGCCAGGGCCUGCCCUGGAGAGGUGGACCAAAGAUCCAGGAUUUUCUCAGUAGCCAAUCCCACCCCCAGUUGUCUUUUUACCAUUUCAAGUUGGGAGAGACAAAACUUAAGCACUCCUCAGCAUUUGAACUAUUCAAGUUUUGGGGCCAGAAGGGACAGUGUAUUUAAACGCUUAGAGCUCUGGCUUAGGCCUGUGUUCCCCCAAGCCUAGGGACCUACCUCACUUUCUGGUAGAAAUGUGGGGAGGGGGAUCCAGCCUGAGCACAGGAAUCAAAGGGAAAACACAUUCAAACAACUGCCCCCAAACUUACCAGCCAUCCACAGGGGGCAGUGACAUGGCCCUAGCUUUCCUCUGAGAUGUGCUACUUCUGAAGAGUGCUUCCAAAGGGAAGAGGACACUCAGCUCUCCCCAGUGGGAUGUGCUGAGAUCUUUUGGAGGCUAGGGAGGAAACUUCCAGAGAAGACCUCUUCCCCUUGCUCAGAGCCAUUUUGUGAGUUGGGAACCAACAUUUGGGAAAGGGCCUGGUGCUGCUCAGCACACCCAAGCAUCAGGUCAGAUCAUUGUAAUAAAAAAAUGUGAAUGAAACUCAGAUUCAGCUUUUGGGGGAGCAGGAUAAACUACCACCCCAUCAUAUGUGUGUGACUUCUCAACUUCCACUGCAAUUUCCAUUUUUUUAAAUAGGAAUUUUGAACCCCGUGCUUGUCUCAUGUUUGCUGGGAACAGUUCGAGAUCCUGUUACUAUGUUAAAAUGCAUGCAUGUUAAGAUGAGUCUUCAACCCAAGGGAAAAAAUAAAACUUAAAAAGCUUUGUGUACA